AUAGCGGCACUAUUUAGCAAACAAUUAAAGAAAAAUAAUAAUAGCGGUACUACACAACCAGGAAGCGCAUUUAAAAAUUGGGCAGUUGUAGUAAAAUAUAUUAUCCGCGUAAUAUUAUAUACUCACUCCUACUUGUCCAAGUGAUCGACUCAAAACUUCAGAGUUGAAAAAUUGUGAACAUCAGAAGAAGAUGAUGAUGAGAAACAUGAAUCGAGUGAUGAAAAGCAGUCGGAGCAUUCUCAGAGCUUUGAAUUCAUCAUCAGCGUCGCCUGAUUGGCAUCGCCGAUCAUUUUCGAGCAUUGAUGCGGCGUCGUAUCAUCUCAACGGCGGUUCAUCUUAUAUGCGCGGAGCCGUGUUUUGGGAGCCGAACAAGCCGCUCACUUUCGAAGAUUUUCAUAUGCCUCGCCCUAAAGCCGGCGAGCUUCUUAUCAAAACCAAGGCCUGUGGGGUGUGCCACUCCGACCUGCAUGUAUUAAAAGGCGAGCUUCCAUUUGCUAGCCCUUGUGUCGUGGGACACGAGAUCACUGGUGAGGUAGUUGAACAUGGACCACUCACUGACAGUAAAAUUACCAAGAGGUUUCCUGUUGGAGCUCAUGUUGUUGGGGCGUUCAUAAUGCCUUGUGGUAGCUGCUUUUACUGCAGUCAGGGUAAAGAUGACUUAUGUGAGGACUUCUUUGAUUAUAACCGUGCAAAGGGAACCCUUUAUGAUGGAGAAACACGUCUGUUCCUCCGUAACAGUGGGAAACCAGUGUAUAUGUAUAGUAUGGGGGGACUUGCUGAGUAUUGUGUUGUACCAGCACAUGCAUUGACUACUCUACCCGACACAUUACCUUACACAGAAUCGGCUAUUUUAGGAUGUGCCGUCUUUACUGCCUAUGGUGCUAUGGCUCAUGCAGCUGAGGUGCGUGCUGGUGACGCGGUUGCUGUGAUCGGGAUAGGCGGCGUUGGCUUAAGUUGUCUGCAGUUAGCACGGGCGUUUGGUGCGUCUGAGAUUAUUGCAGUAGACAUACAGGAUGAAAAGCUGCAGAAUGCUAAAACAAUGGGAGCCACGCACACCAUAAAUGCAAGCAAUGUUGACGUUGCUGAAAAAAUUAGAGAGCUAACUGGUGGUAGAGGCGUAGACAUUGCUGUGGAGGCCUUGGGAAGACCUCAGACGUUUGCGCAGUGCACACAGAGUGUGCGAGCUGGAGGAAAAGCAGUAAUGAUCGGGCUUGCACUUGCUGGUUCCAAAGGAGAGAUAGAUAUUAACCAUCUAGUUCGGAGACAGGUAAAAGUGAUCGGCUCUUAUGGAGGUAGGGCCAGGCAAGAUCUUCCCAAGAUUGUCAGACUAGCUGAGAGAGGUAUUUUCAAUCUCUCAGGAUCUGUUUCAAGAAAGUGCAAGUUUGAGGAGGCAGGAAAAGCAUACGAAGAUCUUAACAAUGGAAAUAUUGUUGGCCGAGCUGUAGUUGAGAUAAUGUAGUGUGUGUGAUCAUCAACAGUUGUAUUAGAGACUAGCUGUCAUUGACUUUUUUUCUUCCUUAAUUUGCAAACUCUGACUUUUAAAAAGCUGUUGAUAUUUCUUCAGCUGAAGUUAAGAUGCUUAAAUUUCAAUGAGACCAGCUGUUGAUAUCU